UUUCAGUUUAAACAAACGACAAUGUAUGGAUCAGUUGCAUAAAAAGUUAAAAAAAUUUCUAGUAAAAAAGUCACAAACGAUUUGAAUUUAAAACUUAAAAUGAGACGAAUGGCUAAAUAUGAUCGAUCAUAUUCAAUGCAAGAUGCCAAUGGACCAAAUGGACUGGCCCGACGAGGCACUCAACGCGGAUGCUCUCGGUCCAAAUCGACCAGAAGAGGAAAUUUGGGAACAAUUGCCUCCUUGACAUUCAGUCAAAAACAAGCUCUCAAUCUUUCAUGGCGUCUUCUGAAACCUCAAGCGUCAGCAUGCUUCCGAAAAAUCUUUUUGGAAUUGGAAAUCGCAUCUCCAAAAGUGAAGCAGAUCUUUUAUAAAGCUGCGUUGGUAGAUGCAUUCAACAAAGAUGAUGAUAACAGUGCAACAAUGGAAGUUCACAUCAAGUUAACUACAAAAUUCUUUGAUGAACUGUUAGUCUCUCUGGACGAUGAAACCGAAUUUGUGAACAAAAUCCGCGGUAUCGGAUCAGCCCAUGCUAUUCUGGCAAAAGGCAGUAAUUUUUCAUCUGACAUCUGGGAACGUCUUGGAGAAAUCGCAAUGGAACGUGUUUGUUCCCACGAAGUAGUUACAAAGACACGAGAAGCUUCUCGUGCAUGGAGAACUCUGAUUGCUAUUUUAAUUGAUGAAUUGCGAGGAGGUUUUGAAGGAGAACUACGACAGCACAGAAAAAGUUCUUCGACGGAUCAAAUCGAAAUGGGAAAAAUGGAAGAUGAAGAGGAACUUCAUGCUAAACUUCAGCAACUUCGAAUGGAUUACAAUCAAACCCUUCCAUACACUUAACUAGUUCUAAGAUGCCAUAGGUUCAAGUGUUUACAUCAAAACGUUAACAUUGUUUCUCUUGACCCGGAGUUAUUUUUUAAAGCUUUUUCCUUGAUUUCAAUUCGUUUUUUUAGUUUCCGCCCAGUCUUCAAUGUGAUAUUUUGUAAAUAUUUGGGAGAACUCCCCGCAUUGUUUCUCUUUUUCAAACAACCAUUAUUGGUGUGUUAAACCCGUUUUUUCAAAUCUCUGAACCAUUUUCUGGCUCAUAUCCUUUUUCAUGGUACUUCAUGACAUUAAUCAAUCUCAUACUCCACUUUUUUUUCUGUUUUCCGAAUAAAUCAU